CUCUCUCUCUCUCUCUCUCUCUCUCUCUCUCUCUCUCUCUCUCUCUCUCUCUCUCUCUCUUCUUCAAUGGAGAUAGGAAGUGUUCUUCAGUUCCUCGAGAACAAAUCCAUCUUGGUCACUGGAGCAACAGGGUUCCUUGCCAAGAUUUUGGUGGAGAAGUUAUUGAGGGUUGCACCAAAUUUAAAGAAAAUCUAUCUUCUGCUCAGAGCAUCAGAUGAAAAAUCUGCCGCUCAUCGAUUCUACAAUGAGAUUUUGGGGAAGGACUUGUUCAUGGUGGUGAAGGAGAAGUAUGGUCCAAGUUUAAAUUCUUUAGUAUCAGAAAAAGUUGCGCUUGUGGCUGGAGACAUCUCCUCGGAGGAUUUGGGCGUUCAAGAUUCCAACUUGGCCGAUGAGAUGAUCCAUGGACUCGAUGCCAUCAUCAACCUGGCUGCUACUACUACUUUUGAUGAGAGAUACGAUGUUGCGCUUGGGAUCAACACGUUUGGCGCUGUUCAUGUCUUGGACUUUGCGAAGAAAUGUGCCAAGGUUAAAGUGCUUGUGCACGUAUCUACAGCUUACGUUUGCGGCGAAAAGUCAGGAACGAUAACGGAAACGCCCUAUCGGUUAGGGCAGACGUUGAACGGGACCACCGGUCUAGACAUCGACAAUGAAAAGAAUUUGGUAGACGAAACACUCGAGAAACUCCGAGCCACCGGAGCAUCGCCCGAGACCGUCACUCGAGCCAUGAAGGAUUUGGGACUCUCUAGGGCGAAAGUGUACGGAUGGCCAAACACUUAUGUGUUCACAAAGGCGAUGGGGGAAAUGUUGGUAGGGGCAAAAAGGGAAAAUACUUCUCUUGUGAUUCUACGUCCCGCUAUUAUCACAAGCACUUUGAAAGAGCCUUUCCCCGGUUGGACCGAAGGAGUCAGGACAAUCGAUAGUCUCGCUGUUGGAUAUGGGAAAGGCAAACUCACAUGCUUCCUUGGAGAUCUUAAUGCAAUCUCGGAUCUUAUACCGGGAGAUAUGGUGGCGAAUUCUAUACUAGUAUCCAUGGUUGCUCAAGCCGGUAAACCGAACCAAGUAAUAUACCAUGUCGGUUCAUCGGCCAAAAACCCGAUGAAAAAUUCCAAGUUACCGGAAUUCGGAUACUCAUAUUUCACCAAGAAACCUUGGUUCGACAAAGACGGGAAGCCGGUUCGUGUAGGGGAAAUCAAGAUUCUGAGUUCAAUGCCUAGUUUCCACAGAUACAUGUCCUUGCAUUACAGAAUUCCCUUGAAGGGAUUGGAAUUGGUUAACAUGGCUCUUUGCAAAUCUUUGGACAAGCAAUGUAGAGAUCUCAACAGGAGGAUCAAUUUCGUAACGAGGCUUGUCGGUCUUUAUAGGCCUUACCUCUUCUUCUACGGAGUAUUCGACGAUACGAACAUGGAAAAAUUACGGGAAAAGGCCAUGGAGAAUGGAGUAGAGACGGAUGUGUUCUACUUGGAUCCAAAGAAUAUCAAUUGGGAUGAUUAUUUUCUCAAUACCCAUAUUCCGGGAUUGGUUAAAUACGUUUUCUGAUGAUUUUAUCAUUCAAAAUUAUAAAUAAAGUGUACGAACUGUAUUGUCGGCUUUGAUAUUUCAUUCAUUUGGCCAUAAUUUCAAAUUAUCUCAUGCUUUUAUUAUAAUGGCUGA